AGCCUGGGAAGGAGGCGGGACCGAAGGAGGGAAUGCAGAUGCGGGCCAGCCUUAGUCCCCUCUUCCAGCCAGUCCGCGGGGGGAGGCUCGUCCGGGGAGCUUCUUCGGAGAAGCCCAGCUUUUUCUCCCUCGACUUCCAGCGGAGCACCCGAGGCGGUCCAAGGGUGCGCCGUGGAGCUGGUGGCGGGUUUCUCAACGACCAACUUCUUCUCCGGCAGUCUCCUUCCUGUGGCGUUCCUCGGCGCCCUCCGGUUCUCCCGCAUUUCUUCUAGAGGGGUUGGGAUAGUCCUCGGCGGCUGUCGGCUUUGCCCGGGUGAGGCGCUGUAGUGACCGGUUCUGGUCUGGAGGAGAAGGCGGGCGUGCUCCUCCUGCAACCUCUCGGAGAAGGAUUACAUAGGCUGAAGUAUUUUGGUCUAACCCUGCCGCCGCCGUCACCUCAGCAGCAGCCAUGGGACUGCAGCCUUUGGAGUUCAGCGAUUGCUACCUGGACAGCCCUUGGUUCCGGGAAAGGAUACGGGCUCACGAAGCGGAGCUAGAGAAAACCAACAAAUUCAUCAAAGAGCUGCUCAAGGAUGGCAAGACGCUGAUCGCCGCCACCAAGAAUCUUUCAGCUGCCCAAAGAAAGUUUGCUCGUUCACUGAGAGAUUUCAGGUUUGAAUGUAUUGGUGAGGCUGAAACAGAUGAUGAAAGAUACAUAGAUGCAUCCCUUCAUGAAUUUUCUAACUUUCUGAAAAAUUUAGAAGAACAAAGAGAAAUAAUGGCCCUAAGUGUGACUGAAACUCUUAUCAAGCCUCUGGAAAAAUUCAGAAAAGAACAACUGGGAGCAGUAAAGGAAGAAAAAAAGAGGUUUGAUAAAGAAACGGAAAAGAACUAUAGUUCACUGGAGAAACAUUUAAACAUGUCAGCUAAGAAGAAAGAAGUACAAAUAUUGGAGGCAGACUACCAAAUAGAGCAAAACAGAAAACAUUUCUAUGAACUGUUACUUGUAUAUGUGUGUAAACUUCAAGAGAUACAAGAAAGAAAGAAAUUUGAGUUUGUAGAACCUGUCUUGUCGUUUUUUCAGGGCAUGUUCACAUUCUACCAUCAAGGUUAUGAACUUGCCAAAGAUUUUAACCAUUACAAAAUGGAUCUGCAGAUCAAUAUCCAGAAUACAAGAACUCGUUUUGAGGGAACAAGAUCAGAAGUGGAAGACCUCAUGAACAAAAUCAAGCAAAAUCCCAAAAAACACAAAAGAGCAAAUCAAUUUGCAAUGGAAGGUUAUCUUUACGUGCAGGAAAAAAACCUGGUACACCUUUCACUCUACAAGCAUUCUCAGAAGAGGACAGGAACAUGUGGUUUGAAGCCUUAGAUGGGAAGGAAACGGUGUUUCUCAAUUUGAACAAGGCUAAUACACAAAAAGAGGGAAGUGUGCAGCUAGAUAAGAUUGGAUUCACAAUUCUCAGAAAAUGCAUUAGUGCUAUUGAAAAAAGAGGUAUAAAUGAUCAAGGACUGUAUAGAGUUGUAGGGGUGAGUUCAAAAGUCCAGAGACUACUGAAUUUGUUGAUGGAUGCAAAAACAUGUGAUGAAGUUGAUUUGGAAAGUAAUACAGAAUGGGAAGUGAAGACAAUAACAAGUACAGUGAAACAAUACUUAAGAAGCCUGCCAGAACCCUUAAUGACGUAUGAGUUACAUGGAGAGUUCAUCACUCCUGCUAAAAGUGGUAGCCCUGAAUCCCGUUUUAAAGUUAUCCACUCCUUGGUUCAUAAACUUCCAGAAAAGAACAAAGAAAUGCUUGAUAUUGUUGUGAAACACUUAGCAAAUGUAUCUGAUCAUGCUAAGAAAAAUCUUAUGACUGUGGCAAAUUUAGGAGUUGUAUUUGGACCAACAUUAAUGAGGCCACAAGAAGAAACAGUGGCUGGUCUUAUGGAUCUGAAAUUUCAGAAUAUUGUGGUAGAGAUCCUAAUUGAAAACCAUGAAAAGAUUUUCCACAUGCUGCCUGAUGCUUGUUUCCCUGAGCCUACCCUUGUGCCAAUCUCCCCUCCAAACGCCCCACCACGACAAUCAAGACGACAGGGGCAACGUAAUAAGAGGCCUGUUGCUGUAUAUAAUCUCUGUCUAGAGCUGGAUGACAGUGACAAUCUUAGCCCUGCCAAAGAAUACACACACUCAGGUAGCAUGGAUUCCCUGUCUUCUCAGUCUCCCACAACUGCUGCUCCUACCAGCCCUCAAGACACAGAGAAAAAUAAUCUCAUAACUGACAGUGGUAAUUCAUCCAGUGAAGUUCAUUCAUCAAUGGUUUCCUGGAUAAAUCUAAAGUCAACUACAGCACAAAGUCCAGUCACAACAAACCUAUCAUUUUUAUUUCCGUCCUCUGCUACAGAGACUGACAGACCAGUUGGAAGAAAAGCCAGGGCAGUAUAUCCAUGUGAAGCAGAGCAUAGUUCUGAGCUGUCUUUUCAAACCGGUGCAGUUUUUGAAGAUGUGCAUCUUUCACGAGAACCUGGCUGGUUAGAAGGAACUCUAAAUGGGAAGAGAGGACUCAUUCCGCAAAACUAUGUCCAGUUUCUUUAGUUUUCUUCUGAAUGCUUGGAAGGUGUACAUGGUAUCCAUGGCUAUAGACAGAUAGACACUGUAUAUUGCUUUUCUUGGCUUCAGAAACUUUUAAUCAGUAAAAAUUUGAGAUUAAUAUCUUAAUCUGUAUAAAGAUUUAACAGUGCAGUUGCAUGUAAUUUUAUAUGGAGUAGGAGAGGAGGAGAGAAAGAAACAGAGAAGGAAAUUUAAUUUUAUAAAUAAUACUUUGUAAAGAUUUAGAGUUAUAUGUAUGUUUGCAUGUUUGUAAGAACUUGAAUCAAAAAGCCGUUUAAAUUGUUAUCCAAAUACCACUUUAAAAAUACCAUAAAACUGUUUAAUCUGCUUUUGUAUUUUAAACUUGAGAGGUAUAAAACUUUGGAAAGUGGACUCGAAUAACUUCUUUGCAAAUACAGACGAAAACUGUUGGGAAAGAUUCAUAUGGCCAAUUCAUUGUGAAGGUUGUAGUUGAUCUAAAAAAGGCAAAGUUACAUUACAUUGAGCACAAGUUCAGAUGACUUCAGGAAUGCAGCCAUGUAACUUACUUUGAGCAGUAUGGAAGUGCUUUGCUGUUGCCUUCUGGGAAUUUCUUUUUUAAAAAAUUUCUGCUGUAAUCUCCAAUCCAAUUCCUGAAGGACUCCAUCUGAGUACUCACCAGGCUGGAUCCAGUGGAUUAAUUGUGAAUGAUCUUUCAUUUGAAAAUAAAUAAAUCAGAUGGGGAAAAAAAUGCAUUUAAAAUCUACAGAAGGGAUGAAUCAAAUGUAAUCUUCAAAUGUCCAAAGUAUGAAAAUAAAUCUAUAUAAAUUA